AUGCGUGGUGUUAUUAACCCGGCCGGAGGUUCCAAGCUGCAUAGCCGUGUUGCUGAGAAGACAAAUAACGGGAAACGUGAAAAAGAAAUAUUCCCUGUUCAAAUGGUUGAAAACUCUUACCUCCUCUCAAUUAACUUUGGUCAAAUGACAAGAAUUCCCACCACUUACAUUGUCACGAAGAGGCAGAGAGAGUUAAAGAAAGAAUUGAACAAGGUGGAUCGAAGGCAUGGAAAGAGGCCUUUCUCUUCUGAUGAAGCGUCGGAGGAGGAGAAAAAGCAAGAUUUCUUCAUUCCUUCUGGAUUAUUCCCAUCGCUAUCACAGACCCAAACACAAGAAGACACUUCGGCCUCUCCCUUUCCCUAUCUUAUCAGCUCCACUAGCACCCCCUUCCCAAUCCCACAAGUAACAACCUCUUCUGGUUUGAUUGAGACUCAGAUCAGCUCAUCCCAGAAUCUUCCACAAGGGAAUGUUAUAGAAAGGAAAAAACAUUAUAGAGGAGUUAGGCAGAGACCGUGGGGGAAAUGGGCCGCCGAAAUCCGAGACCCGAACAAAGCAGCAAGAGUGUGGCUUGGCACGUUUGAUACGGCAGAGGAUGCUGCGGCGGCUUAUGAUGCUGCGGCUUUGAAGUUCAAAGGCAAUAAAGCCAAGCUCAAUUUCCCUGAACGUGUAGCUAAUUUUCAAUCUCAUCAAACUUCAGCUCCUCCCCCUCGUCGUCAGCCUCCAUCUGAGGCGGUGCCGCUGCCGGAUUCUCAGCCACCAUGGCAGCCGCCUCCUCCGUCGGACGAGGGGUUUCCAAACCUAAUGCAGUACGCUCAGGUGCUUCGGAGUAGGGAUGAUGAUGAUCUACAGCGAGCUGCUUCGGGUCUCUAUAAUUAUCAGAGCGUUAAUGAGUCACUUCUUUAUGAUUCUUCUUCAUUCUUCUCACCGUCAUCGGCAGUGACUUCAUCUUCUUCCACGGCUGGGUCUGAUCAAUUUCACGGUGAACAAGUAAUGGGAGAUCGUGGGUUUUCGGGUUCUUAUUAUUUUUUUGAUAAAGGGACUGAUGAUUUUGAUGGAAGACACACGAGGUGAUAUAUAAUAAUUCAGUCAGAAUUGAACUACUGCAUGCAUUGGGGGAGUAUGUUUAUCUGUGCAGCUGUUCGGAUUAUCAGCUUAAUUCUUAAUUAGCUGAAUAUUGCUUGUCCAAUUGUUACAUAUAUAUAUAUAAACAUCUUUUCACUUGAUUGUUCAAUCAAUUGUUGUUUACUACGAACUCACAUGUUGUAUGUUUAUGUUUUGAAUGAGGAUGGAAUGCCAGAAAAACGAGUCUCUCACAUCAUUUCUUACUCA